AUCACUGCAGGCAAGUAGCUUCCUGGGUGCUGAAACUAAACUAGAAGAAUGAAAGCGACUUCAGUGCUAGCCGUGCUGCUGUCCUGCGUGACCAUUUGUGCUGCUGCCAAAAAGUGCAGCCUGACCGGUCAGUGGAAGAAUGAUCUGGGCUCUAAUAUGACCAUAUCUGCAAUCUCAGAGAAAGGAGAAUUUUCAGGGGCUUAUCUAACAUCCGUAUCAUCUACUAAUAAAACCAUUUUGACAUCACCUCUAAUCGGAUAUCAGCAAUUAAAUGGUUCACCAACAUUCGGCUUCACCGUCAAGUGGUUAUUUACAAGCUCUAUCACUGUGUUCACAGGUCAGUGUUUCAUCAAUGAAACCGGCCAGCCCACUCUGCAAACCACAUGGCUGCUGAGAUCGGAGAGUGGGAAUAUUAAAGAUACCUGGUCGCAAACAAGGGUUGGUUAUAAUAUUUUUUAUAAAUUGCCAUCUAAACUUAACUGACAGCACACCGUCCUUGAUAUCUGGAAAACUUGAAUUGAAAACUUUGGAAUUUACUACAAUUCAGGAGAUGAAUAGGAUAAAUAACGUUGUACUACUUUAAAAUACCAAUAAACCAUUUGUGCAUCAAA